UUUUUCUUAAUGUAUGGAAAUUAGUUCGGAAGGUGUCUCCACAAUCGCUCACAACAUGACAGUGAAAGUAAAUAACAUACAUAAAUACAGUUUCUGUUUUAAGUUACCAGAAGUUACAUCGUAUUAAAAUAGAAAUUAUAUAUGGUCAAAAAUGGAUGAUCUUGAACAACAAUGUGAAGACGCUUUAUUUGAAUUAUGUGAUGCUCGAGAACGUUACCCGCUUAAGUGUGCUAAAGAAUUUCGAAAAUGUAUACAACUUAAAAAUGAGAUACAAAUGACAAGUGUGAUUCAAAAAUCAAAUGUAAUUGAUGACACCUUGGAGCAAAGUGUACAUGUUAAUGGUAACUUUAAUAAAAAAGAAGUUUGUUUCGAAUAUUUUGAUUAUAAACUGCAAAAUAUUAUAAAUAAAUUAGAUAAUUUGAAGGCUGUCAAAGAACAAAUUAACAGAGAGAAAACAUGUGAGAUUAAUAAAUUAUUAAAAAAUUGAUUAAGUUAUAAAACUUAUACUAAUACUUAUAAGACUUAUAAAAAAUAUUGCGUUCAAAAUAAUAUUACCUUUUUAUUUAUCAUUCUCAUUCAAUGAAUGGGUAAUACGUAUAAAAUAUUUUAAACAUAUGUUUAUAUUUUAUCUUUAAGCUACAAAUUAUACCUAAAAUAUCUUAUGUGACACUUAUAUAAAUUAUUUUAAUAUUCUUCUAACAAAUUUCAUUUCAUUGCAUGGUUGUUGGUAAUGAAGAACUUUUUGCUAUUAUGCUAUGAAUUCUUUUUGUACUCAUACGUCUUACUACAACUUUGGCACCUUUAGUAAUAUCAUGAAAUAAUUUGAUCAUUUCUAUAUGCGUCUCAGGAGUAUUUGGUUUUCGAUUCAUAUUUUCAGAUUUUAUUCUAGAUCUUAAGUUCAAACGCUGUUCAUUCUUUUUCCUUUGUAAAUAUAAAAGAUCUUGAUAAAAUUGUUGUGUAACAUCCUGUAUUUCACAUGACGAUGACUGUUCUGUUGUAUUGGUACUAUCAGAGUGCUUUUUUAAUUUGUCUUCUUCCACUUUCAAUAUCUUUUCAAUGAUACUCAACCCUUUUUGCUCUCUUUCUAAUGUUACAGGUAAUGCAUUUUCAUUGGAAGUUUUACUAUUGUUUGUUACAGAAGUUUCAGAACACCCCGAAAUUUGUAUAUUUUCUGAUAUAUUAUAAUCCAAAUUUUGGUUUUCCUCUGUUUUAUUUGUAUUGCUUAAAGGAGUAUGCUUUGAUAAUAAUUUAUUUCUGAGUAUUUUUUGUAAUGGAAGAGGUAUUUGGUCUGUAGCAAUAAUUUCAUUUGAAAUUAUUAUUGGGACAUUUGAUUUACAUUUCUCAUGUUUGUUUUUUGAAAAAGGAUUAUAUUCAGUUGUUACUCCAAAUUUGAUUGUUGAUUCAGUAUUCACAUCAUCCAUUAAUAAAUUUUUAUUUAUUAUGGUCUCUUUAGAGUUACUUAUUCCCUCAGGUUGGAAAAGAUUAUUUUGCAAUGCUUCUGGUACAAUAUCUUCCUCUUCUUCUUCUUCAUGUUCUAAAUCUUUAUUCUGUAUUGAUUUUAUAUCUUUUUCAGUGUGCUGAUUCUUGUUUUUAAUAUUAGAAUCUUUAUCUAAAGAUGUAUUAGUAAAUCUUGUUGACUGACAUUUUGAAAUAUUUUUUUGUAUAAUUACAUUUUUACAUUUUUGUUCAACCUCAGUCUUUUUAGGUAAUUCGAUCAUUGUUAUUAAAUUCUCUAAUCCAAGCAAACUGGAAUUUCGUAAACAUUUUUCUCCUUUUUUGGUUUCAAUUUUUUCAGAAUUUUCUAAUACUUCAUCUACCUCCAAUUUCGUUUUCUGUUCUAUGACUGCAACAGCAUCUUGUCCUUGCCGAAUAGUAAACAUUAAUCCUUCCAUUACCAAAUCUGUAAUAUCAGAAGACCUCGGCGUCAUAUUGCACGAUCUACGUUUUCUUUUCGCAAUAGGAUCUGAAUCCUCGGUUUCUGAAACACUUGUAUCCAAAUCUAUAGAAGGCGCGGAAUAUUCUUCAAUUACUUCUCUUUUACGUUUCUUGGAAUUGUGUGAUGAAACUUCAGAAUCAAAUAUGUUUAGUUUUGCAUCUUCAAUUUCUCUUUCAAUCAGGUAUUGAUAUGGUAAAUUAGUAGAAUCUGUAUUAGAAGAUUCAGUUACACCAUUAGUAAAUUCAGAUAUACUGUCUUUUGUAAUAUCUCCAUCUACUACACACAGUUCAUUAUUAUAAUCUUUAUUUUUAAUAGUAUCUUCCUUUGAGCAAUUUAAAUUUUCUAAUUCACUGGAUGUCGUUCUAUUUGCUUCAGUUAUAAAUACUGAUGAAUAUUUGUCACUUAUAGUACAAUUAUUUUCUUCCAUCAAUUUUUUAUUGGAAUCUUGUAAAUGCUUACUCGAAUUUUGUAUAUUAUUAGCUUUUACAUUUUCGGAUAAUUCAUUAGAACUUAGGGAUGAUUGGAUCUUAUUAAUAUCUUUGUCACAUGUUAUCCGUUCAGUCAACUCUUUAUUCAUGGAGGUUUUUGUCAAAUUAUUAUCUGCUAAAUUAUCAUCUAAUUGAACAUCCGUAUUUUUCAAUUCUGUUACUUUUUCUUGUUUGUUAUCACACUGUUCACCAUGUUCUUGAAGAUUCACAGAGUCUUUAACAUUCCAAAGUAAAGACUUAUCAGAACAAGAUGUUUCACCACAUUUUAUGUUUUGUUCUGAACUUUCCAAAGGCGAUAUCAAUUUUAUAGUAAGAACAAAUGCAUGAGAAAAUGGUGUGGCAGAUCUUUCCUUAAACUUUGUCAUUGCAAAUAUUUUAUCCUGUCGGGUCCAUGAAGUAUGAUCUAUGUUAAUACAGACUAAGGUUAAGAAAUUUUGAAUAAACAAUGUUGUAUUUAGUAUUUAUAAAAAAUAUUGUUAGUAUGUAAGUGGUACACUUAUUAUAAUAUAUUAAGUUUAUUUUGAAUUCAGAAGAAAAGGAUACUAUAGGUAACUAAUAGAUGGUUUGUACUAAAUUGUUGCCCUUGACGUGGAAGAUAUUUUAUAAUCCUUCUAAUUAUUUUCAUUAAUUCUUUUCCAAAAGUAAAAUGUUCUUCCUUCCUGGAAAUAUGUAUAUCCUAAAAUCUAUAAAAUUUAGUAAUUGCAUUGACAUUAAUAAUACUACCUUGUUGUACGUCGAUAUUUAAAUAUAAAUUUAUAUAUACUAUUUUUAUGACACAACCAAUAUGAACCAGGCACUGUUAAAAUUGGACUUUCCCUCUGUUGUAUCCAAUCAAUCCAGCUAGUCUCUCGUACAUAUAUUCCAGGCAUUUUCUUUCAGGUAUCAAUUCUUGAAAUAACGGAAUUAAUUUUAUGGAAUCCUUUCCACCUACUGAUUCUUUUAUCACUAUUGUAAGGUAAUAUAAUACCCUUUGCUAGAAAUAUAAACAUAAUGUAUGUAUGGUAUAUAAAUUUUCUAAUAUUCUUAUUAAAUGAAGUGAUUAUUUAAUAUUAAUUAAUACUUACUCCUGUUAUAACUUCAUUGAUGAUUACAUCUACUAUUAUAUCCCAGGGAACAAACUU